UUGUCUUUGAGGCGACGACGUAUUUCCAGAUUCAGAUUCUUGGGUUCACCACCAAAGAGCCAGAAAGAACCACCGCACCCCCAUUUUCCGCCAUCACACCCCGCUGCUUCUUCUUCUUUUUCUCCCUCUCUCGCCGGCCUUUUCAGUGCUCCACCAGCGUGUUGACUUCAGCCUCUUACGUCGUCCUCCUCCUCCUCCUCCUUUUCUCUCUGUUCUAAACAUCCAGCAAGCUCUCUUCUCCUGCAUUUGUGCGGUUGCCUUCUUGGGAUGCAUGCAACUCAGCAGGAUGGGCCCUACUCCGAAAAUCUGACAAGCAAUGGCGCCACCAACAACACCGGCGAAGAUGCAGAUACCGCGAAAAAGCACGCCACCAGUGUCGUCACGGUAAAGUUCGUCGACACCUAUGAGUUCCCCGUGGAAGGAAAUCUUGAAGAUGUCAAUGUCUUGAAUGAGGUGAGAGAGAGGGUGAGGCAGCAAUGGCGGGCCUGGUUGGCUGUGGAGGACAGCAAGGGCAAAGAUUGGUACCUCAAGCAGCAGAAAUCCGAGGGCAUUACGGUUUCGUCAUUGCGGAUAUCCGUUUUGGCAAACUCAAUCUUACUGAAACGGCUUAUUCGGAAGGGGAUUCCCCCUGUUUUAAGGCCGAAGGUCUGGCUGUCUGUAUCUGGCGCCUUGAAGAAGAGGUCGACCGUCCCGGAGAGCUAUUACGCCGAUCUCACCAAGGCUGUGGAAGGCAAAGUCACGCCUGCCACCCUCCAGAUUGAUCACGACUUACCACGUACAUUCCCAUGCCAUCCUUGGCUGGACACUCCAGAUGGUCAUGCAUCUCUGCGGCGUGUUCUUGUUGGCUAUUCAUUUAGGGAUUCUGAUGUUGGUUAUUGUCAAGGAUUAAAUUAUGUGGCUGCCUUCCUAUUGCUUGUGAUGAAAACAGAAGAAGAUGCAUUCUGGAUGCUUGCUGUUCUUUUGGAAAAUGUGCUUGUCAAUGACUGCUAUACUGGCAAUUUAUCAGGUUGCCAUGUUGAGCAAAAAGUAUUCAAAGAUUUGCUUGCAAAAAAAUGUCCAAAAAUUGCUGCUAAUUUGGAAGCUAUGGGCUUUGAUGUGUCUCUUGUAGCCACAGAAUGGUUCUUGUGCCUAUUCUGUAAAAACCUGCCAUCGGAGACGACGAUGCGGGUUUGGGAUGUUUUGUUCAAUGAGGGUGUGAAGGUUCUCUUCCGUGUUGCCUUAGCAAUUUUCAAGAUGAAGGAGGAGGAAUUGUUAAAUGCCCGUCAGGUGGGAGCUGUAAUUGACAUUUUGCAGACGACGUCUCAACAUCUUUUUGAUCCUGAUGAACUGUUGACAGUUGCUUUUGACAAGAUUGGGGGACUGUGACACAAGUAGAGCAUCAGAAAAGUUGAACCCUCCAGUAUGGUGCCGCCCUAUCAGAGACUAAGAAGGCUGUAAAGCCAAAAGGAGUUUGACACUUUCAGCAUGUGAUGUGUUGACAUAGUUCUGCCGUCCUGUUGAAAAUGAUUUUUUGUAACGUAUCGUCCCAAUUGGUUACAAGGAAAAAUACUACCUUGUUCUGUAAACUCUUGAAAGGAAAACUACAGCCUAAACAUGGUCAUUUAUGUACUUUCAGAAGGUUUCCUUCUGCCGAACAUAACCGAAAAAUCAAAUGUUCGAAAAGUUGCUGUCUUACUGCUAAUUUCAUUGGAAACGGGCAACCC